GCUUAACAAUACUAGGAAUACAGGCUUUUUUUGCUUGGAAAAAUAGUAAAACCAACCAAGAAAGAUUAGAAAUUGAACACGAUAAAGGAAAAAUUUUAGACAUUACCAAAAUGGAUCCACCUUUGGGAAUUAAAGGGCUAACCACAGUCGGACCCGGAAAUUUAGUUUACCCGGAAGUAAUCAAAAAACAUUUUACUGCGAUUUUAGAAGAUAUUGAUGACCUAAUUAAUGCCGGUCAAGUUUAUACUCACAAAGAUGAAGAACAAGACAAUUAUAGUAGCCGUUUUACUCGCCGCAAUACUAUUCUUUACGGCAUGGCCGGUACGGGAAAGUCAGAAUUUCCCCGCCAAUUAGUUUUUGAAAUUGCCACCAAAUACCAGUCCGAGAGUGAAAAAAAAAUAAAUGAAUACAACGAAGAUUUAGUUAAAAAGCAAGAGCAAUUAAUUAAUGAUCCGGAAAGUGAGCAAUUAAAAGUUGAAAUAGAAGAACUGAAAAAUCUUAUCCAGGAUUGUGAACAGCAACUAAGCCAAGAGGAAAGUAAGUUAGUGCCAGUCUUUCAAAUUGACGGCUUUCAUUUACAAACCGCCGGCAAAGCUAUUAAUGAUAAAGGUUUAGAAAGCCACGAAAAAUUAAUUGCCAUUUUAAAAGAAUUAAAAAAAGAAGCCUUUGGUGAUGCUUAUUCGGAUAAACCGUAUAUUGUUUUUGUCGAAGAAGCCGACCAAGGAGUGAAUGUUAUGACCGCCGGUGGUGGAGGAAAAAAGAAUAAUUUAUUAGAAGAUUGGAAAAAUUUCUUGUCUACUACCGAAGAUGCGGCUGGCUUAAAAAACAAUGUUCAAGACCCUAACUCCGUUAUAAUUAUCGCCACUAAUAAUUACGAAAAUUUAGAUCCGGCCUUA